UCAUAUGGUCUGGACGCCGUGGCGCGAGGCUGCCCUCUCCUCGCCGCUAAUUGUGUUUCCCACCGUCUAACAACUUGUUUUUGUGUUAGCGCAUUGUCUGCCCAUGGGCGCUGCUGUUCACACACACGGUGCUGCUGCUGCUGCUGCUGCUGCUGCUGCUCCGCCGGCUGUCCGGUGCGCCUCUGCAGUCGGUUCGGGACGGUAUUGGGCUUUUCCUUUUAUGAAUGAAUAACAAAACUGGGGGGAAAUGAGGGUGAAAUUCCCCAACAGCCGUGCUCCCAGGGGGCCAGCCACCAAUGAGAGGGAUUAAGGACGGAGCCGAGCCGCGGCUCAUUGCGGAAAAGCCGACUGCAGACUGGAAACGCACCGUGAGGGAAACGGGCUCCAUAGCGUGAUCAGAAAACCGCGGUGACCACAAUGUCCAUCCAUAUCGUGGCUCUGGGCAGCGAGUGCCCUGGAGGAGUGGGGCCCGGGGAGGAGAUCAUGGGCCAGGGGCAGCUGCAGGGAGGCCUGCUGUGGAGCUACCUUGGCCAUGGAGCUCUGGUGGGACCCUGCGACCUGGAGAGCAGCAUGCAUAACCCGGCCUUCAUGGAGUACAGCUCCCGUGUGUUUGGAGAUGUCACUGUGGUGGUUCGGGAUUGCCCCAGCUGGGACUUGUUGGACAGCGAUUGGGCCAGCGUUCGGAAAGUUCUUGAGCAGGCGGACAUCCUGGUCAUUAAAUAUUCAGUCACUGAUAAGCUGGCCUUCCAGCAGGUCCGAAACGGCUACGCCCCGAGACUCCGCCCGCUCCUGAGACACUGGGGUGUGCCGGUCAUCCUGGUUGCUGUUGGAGCACGAUUAAACGAUGAAGGCCCUCCAUGUACCUGUCCGCUGUGUGCGUCCGACUGGAGCAGCUGUGUGCCUCACAGCGAAGGUCUGCAGCUGUCCCGGGACCUGGGGGCCACCUACCUCGAGCUGCCUUCUCUCAACCAUGUCUUUGUGGGACGUUACUUCGGCAGCGUGCUGGAGUACUUCAUGAUUCAGUGUCUGAAACACAAAGCCAAAGAGAGGCCGGAGAAGAGAAGAGGAAAUAAAGUGAACGAUCUGCGCCCCCCUCACUUAGAGCAACCAGCACGUCUUCCCCCCAUCAGAGUGGAGGAGUCCAGCUUCUCCCAGGACAUGCAGUGGCUGUUGGAGCGGGGUGUGCAGUUCGCCGAUGUGGCUUUUUACGCCGGGGACUCUGGGAAAGAGCUUGGCUGGGCGCACGCUGCUGUCCUGUGUGCUGUCAGUCCGUACUUCCGACAGCUUCUCCUGGGGCCCAAGACCAGGGAACGUCCCCAGUCGCGGUGUGUUUGCAGAGAGCGCGAUGGAGGACCAAACUCGCUGCUCUCCACCUGGGACGGGGGGAUUAUUGACGACAUGCCACGAUCAGAGGCGCACUCGACAGGACGACUCUCUCGUCUGGUGGUGAAGGACCCCCUCCUUUGUAUGUGCUUGUGGGAGACCCUCAUGUUCAUUUAUAGAGGAGCGUGGGAGUGGGAUCACCUACAGGAGGCGCUGGAAGAGAAGCUGAAGAAUUCGCUCGCUGUGGCACAGCUGGUUGAGCGCAUACGAUCCCUCAUCGGCAGAGAAAAGGGCCCCAGGGACACCCCGAGUGCCAGGGCGGCUCAGCUCGGCCCCCAGACCCUUGUCAACCUCUUCAAUUCUCCUCUCUACUCUGACGUCAUCUUCAUGGUGCAAGGGAGUGUGUUGCCAGCCCACCGGGCGGUGCUGGUGGCUCGCUGCGACGUCAUGGCGGCAAUGUUCAGCGGGAAGUAUGCCGAGGCCCGGAGCCGAGUGGUGCCCAUCCACGGCGUCUCCUCAGACACCUUCCUGUCCUUCCUGGAGUAUCUCUACACUGACUCCUGCUGUCCUGCCAGUGUGCUGCAGGCCAUGGCUGUGCUGGUGUGUGCCGAGAUGUACCAGGUGAAACGCCUGCAGCAUCUGUGUGAAGUGUGUGUGUGCGCGUACCUCCAGAGCAUGCCCAGCAGAGAGCUGUCGUCGACGGGUAUCAGCGUGAUCAGACUCCUCCGCCGAGCAAAGUGUCACAAUGCAGAGCAGCUGUACAUCUGGCUCCUCCACUUCAUCGCCAACAACUACCUGAUCUUCAGCCACAAACCCGACUUCCUGGAGCUCUCAGAGGAGGAGCGGGAGCAGGUGGAGAGGCUACGCUGGCCAUCCAGAGGCUACCUGCAGGAGCUCAGCGAGUACCAGCAGCGGCGGCGCAAGCUACGCAAGUCCCGCUGCAUAGUCAUGUGACCUCACCUGGAUGCCUGAUACAAGAGGGAGGAGAGAAGAGGAGGGGAGGGAAUAAGUGAGACUCAUCACAUGGAGGAAAGGACUUGUUCUGCUGGACGAAAGGCUGGUUGUGAGAGACACCGAUUAGACUCCUUAACCAAUAGGACAGCUUUGUGGAGCGGUGACACGCCUCUCUUCCCCUGAAGGAAUGGCUGCGCAUCCUGUAAUGAAUGACUACACCAUCAUGUGCAAUACAAAAUGCCUCAAACCCCAAUAUUAAUUAAAAAUGACCAGAGGCUCUGUGAAAGAUUAUAUUUACAUUCGCUGUUCAAGACAUUGAGGAUUUCUAAGAAGACACAGAAUUAUCAAACGACCGCACAUCUGUUGGACAAAAGGCCGGGAUCGUGUGCAGGACAGAAUCUACUUGUGCACUUUCAGCAUUGCCUCAGCUGAAAUAUUUCCCGAGCCUCGAACUUCUUUGUGGCUCGAUCAGUAUUUCAGUCGAGCGGUGACCUACAUUAAGAGGAAAGCAACCGGUGAUGCUGCAGUUAGCGCGCUCACACUCAUCUCCAUCUGUAGUCCGUCAGGAACGCCCUUUAUCAGACGAGCAGGACCAAUUUAAUUACAAUUUGUUUAUUUAGAUUCUCUCAGAUCACUGUCGGACUGACUGACUUUUCUUAUAGAAUACAUUUCGGUCGUUGUCCGUCAAAAGAGGCCCUUUCAUGUUUUACUUUGAAAAAAGAAUUUCAUAUUUUAAUUAAACUACAUAUUGCCUGUAUCAAAAGUUAGGUCGAUACAUGUAGGACAGUAAAAAUGUAUAUUUCAAACUUACAUUUAAACCCUGUAAGCUCGUUCUAUUUCCUCAGCAGGUUAAAAUGAAAUGAUGUUGAGACUAUCUAUCUGCAAUAACAACUGAUGAUGGUCUGUCUCGUUCUGUCACAUAAAUAAAAAAAGCCUUUUGUAGCAUUGACGUGUACAGAAGCAGAAUACUAAAUUUAGGAAAAGCAACCAUAUCAUGAACAUACGUUGGAAGACUAAAAACCACAAUGCCUCUGGAUGGAUAACACAAUAUUUAUUUGAUCCUAUUUUUCUUGUUUGAGGGGUUGUUUUUAAUCAUACUGAGAAUAUGAUUUAUUGGUGCUGCAAAUUAUUAUUUUUGUAAACUAAACUGUAUGUGGACAUAAUUAUGACAUGCUUUUUUUUUUUACAUUCGGAGUAGAGGGUCUCGCUAUUUUACAGUCUACUGUUUCGCUGAUAUUUACUUAAAAAAGGUGCAUGAUUAUAAAAAAAAAAUAGGGGGGGGGGACAGGAAGAUACUUCAACAAAAUGAAAAACAAUUGUGACAUUUUGCAGCUAUUUUUUAUUCAGUAGAUUAGUCCUUAACAGUAAUCAAACAGUAUCUAAUAGUAUUUGUAUCGAGUAUUUUAGCAGAAGUGUAGCAGCAGGCUGUUAGUAUAGUACUGUAGAUAGUACUGCUGCUGCAUCAACAAUAACAACAACAACAACAACAACUUUAAUCCAAUAUUACAUCAUAUAAAUCCCAAUCUAUUCCUACAAAGAAAUAGUAAAUAGCAGCAGGAAGAGUGGACUGUAAAACAUGUGUGUUCCAGUGCUGCACUCUCAGUGUGGGCUGGGCUUGUACAGACGUCUGACUUUGAAUAAAGACAUGUUUUAGAACAACAUCACAGACUGGA